GGUUACUAACCACUGCACCGCGUUGGAGCUCUGGCAACAGCCACAACCGAGGACUGGAGCAUAGCGAUACUGCCAGCGAGAUAACAACAGAGAAAGAUAGCUGUCUGAAUACAGUGUAGAGGAUGGCAGUGAAUGUGCACGCCACGUCUGUGUCCUGUGACACCUUGAGCCGACAUGACAUGCUGGCCUGGCUCAACGAUUCCUUGCACCUCACCUACACUAAGAUAGAACAGCUCUGCUCUGGGGCAGCGUACUGUCAGUUCAUGGACAUGCUGUUUCCAGGCUGUGUCCUGCUAAAGAAGGUUAAGUUCCAGGCAAAGCUGGAGCAUGAGUUCAUACACAACUUCAAGGUUCUCCAGGCUGCCUUCAAGAGGAUGGGCGUUGACAAAAUAAUUCCAGUGGAGAAGCUGGUAAAAGGAAAGUUCCAGGAUAACUUUGAGUUUGUGCAGUGGUUCAAGAAGUUCUUCGACGCCAACUAUGAUGGGAAGGAGUACGACCCGCUACAGGCCAGACAGGGACAAGAUGUGAACCCCGCCCCCAAUCCAGGUGAUCACUUUUCCCACAGACCAAAGAGAACUCAUGGCCCUCCAGGCCCCCAGAGGCACUCGCCCACAGUGCCCAAGAUCCUACCCACGCCUCAGAGGGUGCUGAACACCACCGUGCAUGUGAGGAAGGCCCCGGCCCUGGCGCGGAACGGGGGCACCGACGCGGAACUCAUGGAGCUAAAUCAACAGUUGAUGGAGCUGAAGUUAACAGUGGACGGACUAGAGAAGGAGAGAGAUUUCUACUUCAGUAAGCUGAGAGACAUUGAGCUGAUCUGUCAGGAACACGAGAGUGACACCAACCCUCAUCUCUCCAGGAUCAUGGACAUUCUCUACGCCACAGAGGACGGCUUUGCUGCUCCAGAUGAUGACGAGAUUGAUGGACAGGCCCACUUGGACCAGGAUGAAUACUGAGCCUCUUAUACCUUCUGUCCACAUCCCCCUCUCCCUCCUGUAAACCCUUCUGUCCAUCCAUCUCCCCCUCUCCCCCCUCUCCCUCCUCUAAACCCUUCUGUCCAUCCAUAUCUCCC